GGGUGGAAAGGAAAAUACCGCCGAGCUGCUGCUGUAGUUGGCGACGUUACAUGAAGGCGCAGAGUAAACAGCUGAGGAUGUGCAGUAGCGGGUCAUGGCCGCGGCUUGUAGAAGGCGAGUAGCGGGUGAGCGGUGCUGUUAAAGGCCGGCCAGGCUGGUUUGUGUGCGGUUUUUUUGUCCUGCAGUGGGAGACAUGGCGGAUUUCUCCCCCGAGCUGCCGCUGCGCUCCGGCUCUGAGUCAGACAGCGAGCUAUCGCAGAGCCUCGCCCGCAUCAAGACGCGCUCUUACGGCAGCACGGCUUCCGCAGCCGCGCCGUUGGGGGAGAAGUACGUGGAGCACCGCGUGGCGGACGGGGACACCCUGCAGGGCAUCGCGCUCAAAUACGGGGUCACGAUGGAGCAGAUCAAACGGGCGAACAAGCUUUUCAGCAAUGACUGCAUUUUCCUGCGGCACAGCCUGAGCAUCCCGGUGCGGACGGAGAGGCCGUCCCUGUUUAACGGACUUUCUCUGGAGUCUCCGGACAGCGAGAGCACGACCCCUCUGGGGUUCCCCUGCGUCAGCCAGGCGGUGGAGGACGUUCCCCAGGACCCCCAAGACCACCCUUCGCCACCAGACCCAAACACGCGACCCCCCCAGCCUGAGGAGCUCUCCGCUAAAGACUACUUGCACAUGCUGGACUUGCAGAUCAAGCGGUCCAAGCAGGCCGCCAGGAAACUCAAAGAGGAGGACAGCAGGGAAGAUGACGACCCGACACAUCCAACAUCAUCUUAUCAGGAGAUAUAACACAAAUCUGAUCACCUGUUUACGUCCAGCUAAGACAAUGACCUCCACCUUUUGUCCACUUCUCCAACCUGCCCUUCAUCAAACUCUUUCUUGUCUUUUUUUUUAAACAUUUGCUUGCUUUUACCAGUUCAUUAAAAACAGGACUUGACACCUUCACUGCCUUUCAGAAAUGUAUUAUUAUUAUUAUUAUUAUUAUUAUUAUUGCUGUUUUCUACAUUCAGUACAUUCAGCUUGCUCUCUCUAUGGCAUUAAGGAACGCAUUAAAGUGAAAGUUGCCCAAAAUUACCAGCAUGGCUAAGAAGCUAACGCUAGCAGAUGUCAGAAGCAGGCUGUUAGCUUCCAUUCAGAAUUAGCCGUGUUAGCAUUUUUGGCUAAACUGUUUCUUCAGGGCACCAUCCAUCCAUCCAUUCAUUCAUUCAUCCAGAAUGCUUUUAAAAGCUGCUGUACAGAUUCGAGCUUAUCUUUCCGUCACCAGCGCUACGCUGGAUCUCUGAAAGAGAAAUACAACUCAGCUAAUGCUAAAAACAUCACACACUGAUGAUCAGAACACUCUGAGAAAUCUCUGUAUAAAUAUCUGACGUGUCUAAAAGUCUGUGUUCAAUCAACGCGACAGUAUGGAGUGCGCGUGGCUGCCUGUGAAUUUUAAUUUUUUUUACUUUUUUUUGGACUUUGAGGGAGAAAUGCAUUCAUUUUGCAGUGAGAAUGUGAAGCUUUUCGUGUGUGAAGUAUGGUUUUGAAAAACCUGUAGUGUGUGUUUCAGAUUUGAAGAUGAAAUCCUAAUAAAUGUAUCUAAGUCAGUAUUAA